GCGGGGGGCGCCGGGAAGGCGGCGGCGCGCGCGGCGUCUCGGGAGCGCGGCAGGCGCGCGGCCGCGUGGGGCUGGGAGGGGGCUCGUCACGACACGUGGUCGGUGUCGGCGACAGCAGCGACAGCAGCGGCGAUGGCGCAGCUCACGGCGCGGUUCCGCACCGAAAACCGCAGGUUCGCCGUGGAGGAUGUGCCCUUCUCGGUGCCCGCGGCCUCCGAGACCUCCGACCUCAGCCAGCUCAUCAACAAGCUGCUGGCGGCAGCGCACGAGGAUCACAAAUAUGUGGAAUUUGAUUUCCUUAUCAAUGGCCAGUUCUUGCGAGUGCCGCUGGUCACACACAUGGAGAUGGAAAAUAUCUCCACGGAAGAAGUGGUGGAAAUAGAGUAUGUGGAGAAAUAUAUGGCCCCUCAGCCAGAAGAAUGCAUCUUCCACGAUGACUGGAUCAGUUCUGUUCAAGGCACUGAAGAAUGGAUAUUAACUGGCUGCUAUGAUCAGACUGCUCGAGUCUGGUCUUUGGAAGGAAAAUCCAUCAUGACAAUAGCUGGGCAUACAGAAGUAGUGAAGGAUGUGGCCUGGGUGAAACAAGACAGUUUAUCGUGCCUGUUACUCAGUGCUUCUAUGGACCAAACUGUCCUGCUGUGGGAGUGGAACAUGGAGAAAAACAAAGUGAAAGCCCUUCACUGCUGCAGGGGACAUGCUGGGAGUGUAGACUCCAUAGCUGUGGACUGUACGAAAACCAAAUUCUGCAGUGGAUCCUGGGAUAAGAUGUUAAAGAUCUGGUCUGCAGUACCUACAGAUGAAGAGGAUGAAAUGGAAGAAGCAGCAAACAGACCACGGAAGAAGCAGAAAACUGAACAGUUGGGACUAACGAGGACUCCCCUGGCAACCCUCUCUGGCCACACAGAAGCCGUCUCCUCUGUGCUGUGGUCAGAUGCUGAAGAAAUUUGUAGUGCAUCAUGGGACCACACCAUUAAAAUCUGGGAUGCUGAGACUGGAGAUCUCAAAUCUACUUUGACAGGAAACAAAGUGUUUAAUUCUCUCUCCUUCUCACCACUGUGUCGACGUCUGGCAUCAGGCAGCACUGACAGACAUAUUAGGCUAUGGGAUCCUCGCAGCAAAGAUGGCUCCUUGGUUCUGCUGUCUCUGACUUCUCACACAGGCUGGGUGACAUGUGUGAAGUGGUCACCUACCCACGAGCAUCAGCUGAUCUCUGGUUCUCUGGACAACAUUGUGAAGCUUUGGGACACGAGGAGUUGCAAAGCUCCUCUGUAUGACUUGGCUGCUCAUGAAGACAAGGUUUUGUGUGUGGACUGGACAGAAGCAGGGUUGUUACUGAGUGGAGGUGCAGACAACAAACUGUAUUGCUACAGAUACCCAGCUACAGCCACUGAUGUUGGGGCAUGAAGGUCAACAGCCAGAAGACUUUUCUUAAAAAAAAAGGAAUUUUGCAGCAGUUGCUCUCUGUUAACAUCCCUACACAAUCAACAUCUGAAGAAAUGACAAGUUUGUUGCUCAGAGAGCUGUUCCUGGUUUUCUAUUGGUAACCUAUAUCCAUAUUUGUCACAGAAAAAUAGCAAAAAACAAAUAGGAUUCAUGUGAAGCAAAGCAAAGGGAACUUCCUCCCUUUCUGAUGGCUUUGAAUUAACAUGUUUUAAAUGAAUAUUUGUAUAGCCCUUUUAAUAAGAAGUAAAUUGUUGCCGAUACUUACAGAAAAACUACUCACUGACUAAAUUAUUUUUUGAGUUUACCUGUUUUCCCCUGAAAAAAAAAAUAAAGAUCUUAUCAGCA